UAUACUCCUGACUGUAAUCACUCUGUUAGUGUCUCAGUAGAGUUAACCAGUGGAGCAAUGGUGCAGAAAUAUCAGUCACCUGUGCGGGUUUACAAAUACCCCUUUGAACUUAUAAUGGCGGCCUAUGAGAGACGAUUCCCAACUUGCCCCCUCAUCCCCAUUUUUGUACACAGUGACAUCAUCAGUGAAAGCCAGAGUGAGGAUGGUGCAACUCACGUAAUUGAGCGUAGGUGUGCUCUUGAUGUGGAGGCCCCUCGAUUGUUGAAAAGGAUAGCUGGGGUGGACUACCUGUACUUUGUGCAGAAAAACACACUUGACCGGCGCCAGAGGACCCUGCAUAUUGAGACUUUUAAUGAGUCUUUUUCCACCAGGGUGAUCGUCAAAGAGCACUGCAGCUACAGGGUGCACCCAGAAAAUGAAGACUGGACAUGUUUUGAGCAGUCAGCCAGCAUGGAUAUAAAGUCUUUCUUUGGAUUUGAGAGUACAGCAGAGAAGAUUGCAAUGAGGCAGUAUGCUUCCAGUAUUAAAAAGGGAAAGGAGAUUAUUGAAUAUUACCUUAGAGAGAUGGAGACAGAGGGUAUAACUCAUGUACUUCGUUGGAGACCUCCUUCCACCAUCACAGCAUCACCUGAGCUAAAAGUCAACCCAACCACCAUUCCCACAUCCGACAUAUACAAAGAAGACAGUAAAAGAGUCCACAGAAACCUUGCAGAGAGCUUGCCUGCUUUGGCUGAAGAUAAGUUAGAUGCAGAUUACAUCAGAAACUAUAUAGGAGAGCUGAGCCCUCUGAAUGAGAGUUGCUUCAUCCGCCUACGGCAGUGGCUGCAGGACACACACAAGGGAAAGCUUCCCAAAGACCAGCAUGUACUGAGGUUUCUGCGCUCACGGGACUUCAACGUAGAAAAAGCUCGAGAGGCAUUGUGCCAUACACUCACCUGGAGAAAACAACACCAAGUGGACUUGCUGUUGGACUCAUGGAUAUGUCCACAGUUGUUGCAUGAAUACUAUACAGGGGGAUGGCACUAUCAUGACAAAGAUGGCCUCCCUCUCUACAUCUUACGGCUAGGACAAAUGGACACCAAGGGUCUUGUGCGGGCUUUAGGGGAAGAAUCUCUUCUUCGACAUGUGUUAUCCAUCAAUGAGGAAGGUCUCAAGCGCUGCGAGGAGAGCACAAUCAUCUUUGGUAAACCAAUUAGUUGCUGGACCUGUCUGGUGGAUCUUGAAGGGUUGAAUAUGAGGCAUCUGUGGAGGCCAGGAAUUAAAGCUUUACUGAGGAUUAUAGAAGUGGUGGAAGCCAACUACCCUGAGACACUAGGACGGUUGCUCAUAGUGAGAGCUCCCAGAGUUUUUCCUGUGCUCUGGACACUGAUUAGCCCAUUCAUUGAUGAGAACACUCGCAAGAAAUUCCUCAUCUACGCUGGGAAUGACUAUCAGGAUUCAGGAGGCUUGGUGGAUUACAUAGACAGAGAGUUCAUACCUGACUUUCUCGGAGGAGAUUGUCCCUGUGACGUUCCAGAUGGAGGCGUGGUUCCCAAAUCUUUGUACCGCACAGCAGAGGAGCUGGAGAAUGAGGAGAUCAAACUCUGGACUGAAACAAUCUACAAAACUGCAAGUGUGUUCAAAGGAGCUCCACAUGAGGUGCUGAUUGAAAUCACAGAGGCAUCCUCAGUGAUCACAUGGGACUUUGAUGUGUGUAAAGGUGACGCUACCUUUAACAUCUAUCACUCCAAAAAAGCCCCACAGACUCAGAAACGAGAUACUCUGGGUAAUCUGAAUGCCCCUGGAGCCAACAAUGUGCAAGUGAUUGAGAAGUCCUGGGUGCUAGGGAAGGACUACAGUUUGGUGGAAACUGCUCUAACUUGUAGAGAGGGCGAGAGCAUACAAGGCUCUCAUAUAACACGUUGGCCUGGCUUCUACAUACUGCAGUGGUGCUACCACAGCUCAGCAUCUAGUUUAUCCUCCCUUCAAGUCUCCACACAGAAGUGUAGGGUGAUGUACUACACCGAAGUACUGCAUUCUCAUGACUUCAGGGGAUCUAUGACAAGUUUGGAGUCCAGUCAUAGUGGUUUCUCUCAGCUGAGCACCAACACCAUAUCAUCUGGCCAGUCACAUUCCAGCUCAGUUGCUUCACACUAGAACAUAAGCAGCAUAAGCACUUGCACAGACAUUUGUGAUGUUACUGAAGUUGAUGAUGAAAAUCUGUUCUCAUGUCAUAUUAUAUAAUAAAAAUAAUCUUUAAAAAAUGA